AUGACCGUCUGUCUAGUGCUAGUCACACUAGAGCAUGAUGAUGACCACGACAGCCACGCCGAUGACCACGACAGCCACGCCGAUGACCACGACAGCCACGCCGAUGACCACGACAGCCACGCCGAUGACCACGACAGCCACGCCGAUGACCACGACAGCCACGCCGAUGACCACGACAGCCACGCCGAUGACCACGACAGCCACGCCGAUGACCACGACAGCCACGCCGAUGACCACGACAGCCACGCCGAUGACCACGACAGCCACGCCGAUGACCACGACAGCCACGCCGAUGACCACGACAGCCACGCCGAUGACCACGACAGCCACGCCGAUGACCACGACAGCCACGCCGAUGACCACGACAGCCACGCCGAUGACCACGACAGCCACGCCGAUGACCACGACAGCCACGCCGAUGACCACGACAGCCACGCCGAUGACCACGACAGCCACGCCGAUGACCACGACAGCCACGCCGAUGACCACGACAGCCACGCCGAUGACCACGACAGCCACGCCGAUGACCACGACAGCCACGCCGAUGACCACGACAGCCACGCCGAUGACCACGACAGCCACGCCGAUGACCACGACAGCCACGCCGAUGACCACGACAGCCACGCCGAUGACCACGACAGCCACGCCGAUGACCACGACAGCCACGCCGAUGACCACGACAGCCACGCCGAUGACCACGACAGCCACGCCGAUGACCACGACAGCCACGCCGAUGACCACGACAGCCACGCCGAUGACCACGACAGCCACGCCGAUGACCACGACAGCCACGCCGAUGACCACGACAGCCACGCCGAUGACCACGACAGCCACGCCGAUGACCACGACAGCCACGCCGAUGACCACGACAGCCACGCCGAUGACCACGACAGCCACGCCGAUGACCACGACAGCCACGCCGAUGACCACGACAGCCACGCCGAUGACCACGACAGCCACGCCGAUGACCACGACAGCCACGCCGAUGACCACGACAGCCACGCCGAUGACCACGACAGCCACGCCGAUGACCACGACAGCCACGCCGAUGACCACGACAGCCACGCCGAUGACCACGACAGCCACGCCGAUGACCACGACAGCCACGCCGAUGACCACGACAGCCACGCCGAUGACCACGACAGCCACGCCGAUGACCACGACAGCCACGCCGAUGACCACGACAGCCACGCCGAUGACCACGACAGCCACGCCGAUGACCACGACAGCCACGCCGAUGACCACGACAGCCACGCCGAUGACCACGACAGCCACGCCGAUGACCACGACAGCCACGCCGAUGACCACGACAGCCACGCCGAUGACCACGACAGCCACGCCGAUGACCACGACAGCCACGCCGAUGACCACGACAGCCACGCCGAUGACCACGACAGCCACGCCGAUGACCACGACAGCCACGCCGAUGACCACGACAGCCACGCCGAUGACCACGACAGCCACGCCGAUGACCACGACAGCCACGCCGAUGACCACGACAGCCACGCCGAUGACCACGACAGCCACGCCGAUGACCACGACAGCCACGCCGAUGACCACGACAGCCACGCCGAUGACCACGACAGCCACGCCGAUGACCACGACAGCCACGCCGAUGACCACGACAGCCACGCCGAUGACCACGACAGCCACGCCGAUGACCACGACAGCCACGCCGAUGACCACGACAGCCACGCCGAUGACCACGACAGCCACGCCGAUGACCACGACAGCCACGCCGAUGACCACGACAGCCACGCCGAUGACCACGACAGCCACGCCGAUGACCACGACAGCCACGCCGAUGACCACGACAGCCACGCCGAUGACCACGACAGCCACGCCGAUGACCACGACAGCCACGCCGAUGACCACGACAGCCACGCCGAUGACCACGACAGCCACGCCGAUGACCACGACAGCCACGCCGAUGACCACGACAGCCACGCCGAUGACCACGACAGCCACGCCGAUGACCACGACAGCCACGCCGAUGACCACGACAGCCACGCCGAUGACCACGACAGCCACGCCGAUGACCACGACAGCCACGCCGAUGACCACGACAGCCACGCCGAUGACCACGACAGCCACGCCGAUGACCACGACAGCCACGCCGAUGACCACGACAGCCACGCCGAUGACCACGACAGCCACGCCGAUGACCACGACAGCCACGCCGAUGACCACGACAGCCACGCCGAUGACCACGACAGCCACGCCGAUGACCACGACAGCCACGCCGAUGACCACGACAGCCACGCCGAUGACCACGACAGCCACGCCGAUGACCACGACAGCCACGCCGAUGACCACGACAGCCACGCCGAUGACCACGACAGCCACGCCGAUGACCACGACAGCCACGCCGAUGACCACGACAGCCACGCCGAUGACCACGACAGCCACGCCGAUGACCACGACAGCCACGCCGAUGACCACGACAGCCACGCCGAUGACCACGACAGCCACGCCGAUGACCACGACAGCCACGCCGAUGACCACGACAGCCACGCCGAUGACCACGACAGCCACGCCGAUGACCACGACAGCCACGCCGAUGACCACGACAGCCACGCCGAUGACCACGACAGCCACGCCGAUGACCACGACAGCCACGCCGAUGACCACGACAGCCACGCCGAUGACCACGACAGCCACGCCGAUGACCACGACAGCCACGCCGAUGACCACGACAGCCACGCCGAUGACCACGACAGCCACGCCGAUGACCACGACAGCCACGCCGAUGACCACGACAGCCACGCCGAUGACCACGACAGCCACGCCGAUGACCACGACAGCCACGCCGAUGACCACGACAGCCACGCCGAUGACCACGACAGCCACGCCGAUGACCACGACAGCCACGCCGAUGACCACGACAGCCACGCCGAUGACCACGACAGCCACGCCGAUGACCACGACAGCCACGCCGAUGACCACGACAGCCACGCCGAUGACCACGACAGCCACGCCGAUGACCACGACAGCCACGCCGAUGACCACGACAGCCACGCCGAUGACCACGACAGCCACGCCGAUGACCACGACAGCCACGCCGAUGACCACGACAGCCACGCCGAUGACCACGACAGCCACGCCGAUGACCACGACAGCCACGCCGAUGACCACGACAGCCACGCCGAUGACCACGACAGCCACGCCGAUGACCACGACAGCCACGCCGAUGACCACGACAGCCACGCCGAUGACCACGACAGCCACGCCGAUGACCACGACAGCCACGCCGAUGACCACGACAGCCACGCCGAUGACCACGACAGCCACGCCGAUGACCACGACAGCCACGCCGAUGACCACGACAGCCACGCCGAUGACCACGACAGCCACGCCGAUGACCACGACAGCCACGACGAUGACCACGACAGCCACGACGAUGACCACGACAGCCACGACGAUGACCACGACAUCCACGGGGGCCAGCGGUGA